GCCAUGCCCCGGGACAACAUGGCCUCCCUGAUCCAGCGGGUGGCGCGGCAGGCGCGCAUCACCUUCCGCAGCCCCGCGGGGCCGGCCUUCGGGGAGAACCUGCACCGGCUGCAGCAGCUGCUGGACGAGGUGCGCGCCGAGGACCUGCACUUGGCGCCGCAGGGGCCGGCUCCGGCGGCGGCGGGGUGCCCGCGGGCCGGCGCCGUGCCGCCCGUCAGCUAUAUGCACAUCUGCGAGACCGAGAGCUUCAGCAUGGGCGUGUUCCUGCUGCGCGGCGGCUCCUGCAUCCCGCUGCACGACCACCCGGGGAUGAACGGCAUGCUGAAGGUGCUGUACGGCACUCUGCGCAUCGCCUGCAUGGACGCGCUGCCCGCCGCCGCCGCCCCGCCGCCGCCGCCCGCCCCGGGGCCGUGCCUGCGCGCCCUGCUGCGCUCCCGGCAACACUACACGCCCGCCUCGCCGCCCUGCCUGCUCUCGCCGCACAGCGACAACCUGCACCAGAUCGACGCCGUGGACGGCCCCGCCGCCUUCCUCGACAUCCUGGCGCCGCCCUACGACCCCGAGCACGGCCGGGACUGCCACUACUACCGCCUGCUGGAGGGGCCGCCGGCCGGCGCCGAGCCCGCGCUGCCCAGGGAGGUGUGGCUGCUGGAGACCGCGCCGGCCGCCGACUUCUGGUGCGGGGGAGAGCCCUACCCGGGGCCCCGCGUCUGCCCCUGA